AUGUGGGUCUCGUCAAGGGGUGCAGAAUUGGGCCUUGAAUAUGAAAUACAUCAAGGUUGCAAGGCCGGCGCCAGGGGCUCCUCUUCGUCUGAGGUCCUACCUGAGAAAUUUCAGGACUGUGAUAUUGAAGCCAGUAUGCAUUCGAUAUUCUUUCUCACUACGACGUUGCUUGGCCGAGCUUUUGCCCAUUCAUGGAAUGAACAGCUAACGGUAGUUGAAAAUGGGUUCUUCAUUGGGAAUAAUGGUUACCCUCGUGGCUACGUCUCGCGCUCUGAUCCGGGUUUUAACGAUGAUAUGAUGACAUAUCUUUUGCCACCGUUAGCUUCGGGAAGAACCAGAGUGGAUGACUCCGAUCUUGUAUGCGCACCCACCCAAAGAAGUGCCAAUCAAACGAACGGUUACCCCCGCUUAAGCGCAUCACCCGGAGUCUAUAUCGCCAUGAAAUACCUCGAAAACGGCCACGUCACCCUCCCCCAAAUCCAACCUGGCAAGCCGCAAGGAGCCGGGAUAGUCUUCGUCUUCGGCACUAGCCAGCCAACGGACAACGACCUGCUGACGGAGGUUCUUCAAUGGACAACGAACGGCGCAGGGGGUGAUCGGCGAGGUAGACUACUCACAGCUCAGAACUUUGACGACGGCCGGUGUUAUCAAAUCAACGACGGCGACGUCUCCGUGGCUCGCCAGGAGGAAUACCCUAAUCUAACUCCUGGCCAACCUAGAUCCGUCAACGAGCAGUGGUGUGAAACUGAUGUCCUCAUACCGACUGACGUACCGAUUGGUCCUUUAUACACCUUAUAUUGGGUGUGGCAGUGGCCAACAGAGCCCGGAACUCCAGGGCUCCCUGAUGGUAAAGACGAGUACUACACGAGCUGCUCCGACCUUGACAUAGUCGGGGGACCUUUCCAAGGGACGGACUCCAACCCAUUGCCUCAGCAGGAUCCUCAAAUUGCCGCUGUGCCCAACUUCGAGUCUCGCACUGCAUUCAACACUGACCCAUUUGCACGGACAUAG